CAUCGGCGCAUUAUCAGCGCGUCAUCGGAGGUGAUCCCCCUGGCACGCUCGGCCAUGUAACGGACGGUCUGCUUCGGUGGGUGUGUUCUUAACAUUACCUAUAUAGGCCAGGUUUACUGAACGCAUCACACAGCCGUUUUUUUUCUUCUCGCCGAGAUGCAAGCACCACGUGACCCUGAGGCCACAAUCCGCAGCAUAUCACCGGUGCUAGAUGGUGAAGAAACAAACACCACGUGGGCAGAUGCUACCGAUAGCCCCCAGCCGAGUGGGGAUGCUAACGAAGAGAUGGGAGCCAGUUCAGCAGAGCCAUCUGGAGGUGUAAAGGCAUACGUCCACAUAGAUGGUGUUAAAAUCAGCUGUAACCCUCCAAUCGCUCAUCGGUUAUCCCUGACAUUCCUGGAGAGCAUUAAAACUGGUGUUUUACAUUUGUUGAACACGGUUAUAACGGAUUAUAAGAAAGAGAUGUGUAAUGGCUGCCAUAUUGACCACCCCAGUCAGGACGAGCACUCGUGCAUUGAGGCGGCAGAUGAACUAUUCUAUGGUGCACACUUCGCUCCGCUGAUGCGGAGGUUGUGGCGGGGAAAAUUCAUACCGGCUCUACACACCUAUCUGUUCCUGAUGGGUUUUCAGGCCUCUGACGAGAGAGUCCAAGGAGCGGCUGAGAUGUACCUGCUGGAGCUGAAAUCAGUAGACCUGGUUGUCGACACAAUUUACAACAUGUAUGAACGUAUGAGGGCCGAUGAAACAUGUAACAUGAAUAUGUUACUAUUAAUGAAACAUCGGUGGCUCAAUCUGAUAGAUAUUUAGAGUGAAAGUGUGUUUUUUAUUAAAAACCUGUCCUUUUUUUUUUUUUGAUAUGUUGUUGUUGUUAUAUCUUUACACAGCAUAAAUAAAAAGGGUUGUAACAGA